GUUUAUGAACUAUAACAAAUAAUUUUAUUUAUCAAAUGCUGGAAUAUAGUGACAGACACAAACCCCCAUUGGAUUUGGAUGUUUUCUUGAACUGUGCAGUGACAUUUAAUUUUUAAGACACAAACAGUGCAGUGACUAAAAAGGAUUGCAAAGUGUUAUCAAUUUGGAUUUUCACAGAAGACCCUGGAUAUGAAAGAAUUACGAAAGUUAAAGUGCUAAUGACUUACAAAGGAUUUAAAGUGAAUUAAAUUUUAAGGAGGUGCAUUGAAUCGACAGGACGGCGAACUCUGGUAAUACGGCAGGAUACGCGGGAGCAACCAUAAGCUACGCGGGAGCACACGCUCCCGACUCUGAAAGGCAUCAUAUCCUACAAGAUACCAUAGGCUACAGAGUAAACGCGCCAAGCGGCUAUGGGUGCGCCGGCGGUCCGGGCGCGAUGAGCGGCGGGGGCGAGAACGGGCAGUUCGGCGCCACCGCCGCAAUGGUCGCCGCGGCCACCACGGCCGCGAUGCAGGACUCGCAGCCCUUCUCGCAGAUGCAAAACAACAUGACUAUGGGAAACCCGCAGUAUAGUGCGAUGAAUGGCUACAGUCAGCAGCGCAGCCAUAAUCCCGCUUUGACGGGAAUGGGAAUGGGCGGUAAUGGCGGCAUGAACGGAAUGACUGGUAUGGGCCAGAUGGGAAAUGCAAUGAAUGGCAUGAAUCCAAUGGCUCAGAUGGCAAAUAUGGGAAUGCACGCUAAUAUGAUGUCCUCGCAAAUGGGACCUGGUCAAAUGGGCGGAUCGGCCAAAAUGGGACCAGGAUACCACCAAAGGCGACACACGCCUUAUCCAUCGGGAACAAUGCUUAUGGGAUCUAGGAAAACUCAGUACAUGACUGGGCAACCUAAUUUUGGUCCCGGCCCUGGACAAUAUCCGUCGGGUUAUGGUGGGAGACCUGGGUUCCAAGCUCAAUACCCACCACAGCAAGCACUCGGUCCAAGUGGAAACUUCGGUGGUGGAAUGAGAGGAAGUAUGAGGCAAUCAACGCCACCUUAUUCAAAUCAGGGGCAGUAUUUUAAUGGCGGCGUAACUAAUCAGUUUCCCCAGCAUCAAGCAGGAAAUGCGCAAUAUGCUGGACAGUAUGGUGGACAAUUCGCGCAGGAAGUUGCGAUGCGGUCAAACAUGAGCUAUCAACACAGCCCUGUACCAGGAAAUCCUACGCCGCCACUCACGCCAGCGAGUAGUAUGCCUCCGUACAUCAGCCCAAACGCAGAUGUCAAACCUCACUUUAACGAGCUCAAACCACCGAUGAGCAUGCAGAAUGACGAGCUCCGGUUAACAUUCCCUGUAAGAGAUGGUAUUAUACUACCACCUUUUAGAUUAGAACAUAAUUUAGCAGUUAGCAACCAUGUAUUCCAAUUAAAACCAACAGUCCAUUCAACGUUAAUAUGGAGAUCGGAUCUUGAGUUACAACUAAAAUGCUUUCAUCACGAAGAUCGACAAAUGAAUACUAACUGGCCAGCAAGUGUUCAGGUGUCAGUAAAUGCAACACCUUUAAUUAUUGAUAGAGGUGAAAACAAAACAUCACACAAACCUUUGUACCUGAAAGAAGUGUGUCAACCUGGCAGGAAUACAAUACAAAUCACCGUCUCUGCUUGUUGUUGUUCACAUCUAUUCGUUCUGCAACUAGUACACCGACCGAGCGUGAGGAGUGUAUUGCAAGGAUUACUACGGAAACGUCUUCUCACAGCAGACCAUUGCAUUGCGAAGAUUAAAAUGAACUUUAAUCAGGCGCCAGCUAAUCCUAACAAUAACCCUAACAUGCCUAGCGAUAGAGACAGUGUAGAACAAACGGCGCUUAAAGUAUCAUUAAAAUGUCCUAUAACAUUCAAGAAGAUAACAUUACCUGCGCGGGGCCAUGAAUGCAAGCAUAUACAAUGUUUUGACUUGGAAUCGUACUUGCAACUUAAUUGCGAGAGAGGGUCGUGGCGAUGUCCAGUAUGCAAUAAACCAGCGCAAUUGGAAGGCUUAGAAGUAGACCAAUACAUGUGGGGUAUCCUAAAUACCUUGAAUACCUCCGAUGUAGAUGAAGUAACUAUCGAUAGUGGGGCAAAUUGGAAAGCAACUAAGAUUCCUACAAAUACUGGCAUCAAGCAGGAAGACGAUAGCAACGACGGUACUGGAAAAAGAGGGAAGGCUGUAUCACCGGGUUCUAUGAACAUGCCAACAAUGAACAACUGGGAUAUGAAUCAGGCCCUAUCACCUUAUUUACCGCCUGAUAUGAACACAAUUGCAAGCGGAUCCAUGAUUUCAUCGUAUAACCAAGGGGGACAAAAUAGAAACUCUGGAUCAAGUAAUCAAAGUUAUGAUUUCGGCAUGAGCAAUGGACCGGGCAGCAACGAAUAUGCAGGAAAUGGUCCUCUUUCUCAUCUAAAUGAGAGUGUCAACUCCUUGGAUCCACUCAACGCGAUGGAAAAAAGUCUUAAUGAGCAGAUGCCGCACACACCUCACACGCCACAUACACCGGGGUCCGCACACACUCCGGGCGGAGGCGGCGGAGCGCAUACCCCUGGCUCAAGUCACACGCCAGGACCGCCGUCUGUCGACCACCUUCCUCUUACAGAUGUCGACAUUCCCGCCGAUCUCAACUUUGAUCCAGCAGCCGUCAUUGACGGCGAGGGCACCGAUAAUCUUAAUCUCCUCCCGGAGACAAACGUAGACCCGAUGGAGCUGCUCUCGUAUUUGGAUGCGCCUGCGCUUGGUGAACUUCUAGCGACGCCGCCUUCAUCUUCGUCUUCGGCAGGAUCACAUCCGCCAAGAGCGCCUUCGUCUGAUGAUCUCUUAGCCCUAUUUGAAUGAGCAAACGCAUGUGACUGGUGGGGUUUACACACUCCAUCAGAUUGAGAACUAACGUGAGGUGAUGCGAUCUCAUUUAGUCAUUCAGCUUCCGUGAGUGGUUUGCCGUGUACGGCGAAAAUCCAGCUCUUCAUACAAGUGGAGCCCGACAUUGUGAUACUAGAUUUUAGUUCCUUCUCCAAAGUGACAAUAUUGAAUGCCGCAGAAUUAGCACAGAUGACGAAUUAUUCUGAAUUUAGUUCUAACAGAAUCUCCCAAAAUUGAUAUCUGUGUAAAAAUUGCGGCAGUCAAUGAAGUCACAUCAUGUGUCUUGUUGAAACAACGGCACAGGAGAAAAUUUAGUCGAUAUAAUAUUUUAGGUAAUAUUGUAUUAAGGCGAGGCGUGGACCGCGCCUGGCAUGCAUGCGGUGUCGUGCAUGUAUAGUUCCUCGCACCGCCGCACACACGGUGGCGCACCUAAGCUCCCUAUAUUCUAAACUCUAGUUUAAACUGUAACACAAAUUAAAAUUAAUAUCGUGUUAAAUUGAACUUCUUAUUCGGUUUGAUAUUAUUAUCAUCGAUAAAAGUUUUUGAUUUGUGUCCAUAUUUGUGAAUAGUUCACCAAGUGUAAAUAAAAGAGUUUAUUUUAUUGAUAUUUGUUAUUUUGGUGGAGUAGAUGAGGACGUCGCAACGACUGUACAUAUAGCAUUUAGAGCGAUGCGACGGUCGCGAGAGGCAUCAUGAAUCUUAUAGUUCCUAUUAAAUGCGAGUGAACUAUAACGUUCAAUUGCCGUUUAUUGUAAAAUAUUCCUUGACGUUUUCGCAUAUUCUGCAUUUUUAAAUGAUAAGGCGUAGGAUACGUGAGUAUUGCGUUACUCGCUUUUUGGGUGAUAUAUUCUAAAUGAGUUGUUUCAAAUCAACAAACCUCCUGUAGCAAACUAGUUGUUACGUAACUAUAUUGUAAAUGUGAGAGCAAAAUUGAACUCUGUUAAAUUAUUUUGCGUUAUGUGAAUCGAAGAAUGAUAGAAAUAUAUUUUAAUUUCUAAAAAGAGUAAUGAACUGUAUUAUUUGUAAAUAAGAAAAUAGUUAAGUAUAUUAUAUUAUCUAGUUAUAUUUAGGAGAACAUGGCAGAUACUUAUAUGAUGGCCAGUUUUAGUGUAGUAUUACUAAAUUAAAAAUCUACACAUGGUUUUACAUGUACAUACAAAUUACAAAUACCAUAAUAUACAUAAAUUUGUCUUCAUGCGUUCAGAGUGCAGAUGUACUUAAAAUUGAGAUUUAGUCAUAAUAUAUAACAAGUUUAUAGAAGAAAAUAUACUUAUAGUCCAAUACUAGAAUAAUGAUUGAAGUUUGACUGAAAACAUAAAUCUUUCCUCUUAUUUCUUCUUCUCUUAGUUAACUCUUUCAAUUUACUUUAUACUAUUUAGAAAAAAAAUAAUGAUAUCUUUUCAAUAUCUUUGUAACUUAAAGGAUUUUUCUUAACUUUUUAACUUAAGGAAGGCUAUUUAUUAACUUCUUAAUCGACUUAUUCUGUACUCUGAAACGCCAGUUCAUUUUAAUUCCGAAAUCUUAAACUGUAAAAAUUCAUUUUCUCUAUCUCUGCUCAUCCUGAUUCAACAUUAUAAUUAUUAUUCCAAACCUUACUGGUGAUUCAUGAUUGAAAGCAAUAAUAAUAGAUACAUAUAUAAUUAUCUGU